AUGGGAAAAUGGAAAACGAGCAAACUAUAAAAAGGAAAUAGCACACAAAACACACAAACACCAACUUUUCCGCUGCAAAAUUGUCAUCCUCUAAAAAUCUAUAUUUCUCAGGUGGUGUUCUCUUCUUCCUCCAUAGCAGAUAGCACCCCCUGAGAUAAAUUCACUUUCAUUUCAAUUCUAAUUCCAUUUGCAUUUGCAUUUCAUUUUUCGUUUUGAUUUUCAUUAUCGCCUUUCAAUGGCUUCCGAUCCCUCCACCGAUAAGAAUAUCGUCUUCAAAAAACUCAAGACGAAGUCUGAAAAUAAGAUAUGUUUUGAUUGCAAUGCGAAGAAUCCAACCUGGGCAUCUGUUACAUAUGGGAUCUUCCUAUGCAUUGAUUGCUCUGCCGUUCAUCGAAGUCUCGGCGUUCACAUCAGCUUCGUGAGAUCUACCAACUUAGACUCAUGGACUCCUGAGCAACUAAAAAUAAUGAUCUUUGGAGGAAACAAUCGUGCACAGACUUUCUUUAAGCAACAUGGUUGGACCGAUGGUGGUAAAAUAGAAGCAAAGUAUACAUCUAGAGCUGCAGAAUUGUACAGGCAAAUUCUUUCAAAGGAAGUAGCUAAAAGUAUGGCCGAGGAGGUAUGCUUGCCUUCAUCACCUGUUGCUUCUCAGUCUGCUAAUGGACUUCCUGAUAUCAGGACCAAUGAGGCUCUGAAAGAAAACACUUCGGAGAAGGCAGAAAAGCCUGAGAGCACUUCUUCACCUAGAGCCUCGCACACAGUAGUAUCAAAUAAUUUGAAGAAGCCUAUUGGAGGUAAAAAGCCUGGGAAGAGUGGGGGACUUGGUGCACGUAAGCUCAAUAAAAAGCCAAGUGAGUCUCUCUAUGAGCAGAAGCCUGAAGAACCACCUGCACCGGCGGUUCCAUCCACGACAAACAACAACUUGUCUGCCAAGCCUUCUCUGACAUCUCGUUUUGAGUAUGUAGAUAAUGUUCAAUCACCUGAAUUGAACUCUGGAGGUUCAAAUGUAUUCAAUCACGUUUCUGCACCAAAGUCAUCAAGCUUCUUUGCAGACUUUGGAAUGGAUAGUGGUUUCCCUAAGAAAUUUGGGUCAAGCUCCUCAAAAGUGCAAGUAAGCCCUAUGCGGCAACCUCUGCCCCUAUUGAGGAAUCUGAUGAAGCAAGAAAGAAGUUCUCAAAUGCUAAAUCUAUUUCGUCAUCUCAAUUUUUUGGAGACCAGAACAAGGCGGGAGAUGCUGAUACUCGAGCUACUUUGUCAAAGUUUUCAAGUUCAACUGCCAUAUCCAGUGCUGAUCUUUUUGGUGACUCUGGAGAUUCCUCCAUUGAUCUUGCUGCUAGCGAUCUCAUCAAUCGAUUAUCUUUUCAGGCACAACAGGAUAUCUCCUCCCUUAAGAACAUUGCAGGAGAGACUGGGAAAAAGUUCUCCUCCUUUGCAUCCUCCUUGAUGACAGAUCUUCAAGAUCGAAUUCUCUGAAGUUGUAUGUUCUGUAUUUAAGAGAAUCCUUUGAAUUUUUUUCCCAUACCAGCCUAUUGUGUUUCUAAUGUGAUAGAAGGGUAUACAAUUCUUUGUGAAACAAAAAAAAUAAUAUACUAUAAAUUUCAAUCUUGUGAUAUAGGGCGGUGUUUUUGUUUUGUCUCAUGUAAUUUUUUUAGGGUGCUAUUAUGUUUUACUUACGGUAUUAAACUUGUAGUUCUUGACGCUCAGUGCAUAUAUUUUACGGAACAGGCGAAUAAUUGUAAUGAAAUUGUGUUUCAUUUAAGCAAGCACACCUUUGAAAUAGUAGUGGCAAAGAACACUUUUUAUGUGUUAA